GUCUCUGCUUCCGCUCGCUCCUGCCCCACCCAGCCCGCAACAACCCAGCUCCGCCUCGCUCGUUUCUUCUUCAGUUCGCCGAUUCCGAGUCGCCGCCAAUCUCUGCCGGGUCCGCGGCUAGCUCGCCGACUCGCUAUCGAAAUCAAGGAUGAAUGGGUUAUCUCUUGGAGAAAAGCUAUUCAUACAAGGAGGCAUUGCACAAGACCUUCGCUCUGAUGGCCGUAAACGACUAACUUACCGACCCAUAUAUGUCGAAACCGGCAUUAUUCCACAGGCCAAUGGCUCGGCCAGAGUUAGAAUGGGUGGAACUGAUGUCAUCGCCAGUGUGAAGGCCGAAAUUGGAAGACCAAGUCCAGUACAACCCAACAAAGGGAAGGUUUCCAUAUAUGUUGAUUGCAGCCCAACUGCCGCUCCAAUGUUUGAGGGUAGAGGGGCCGAGGAGUUGUCAACAGAAGUGUCAGUUACUCUCCAGCGAUGUCUUUUGGGUGGGAAAAGUGGAGCAGGUGCUGGAAUUGAUUUGUCAUCUCUGAUCGUUGUGGAAGGAAAAGUCUGUUGGGAUCUGUAUAUCGAUGGUCUUGUUGUCAGUUCAGAUGGGAAUCUCCUAGAUGCUCUUAGUGCUGCCAUCAAGGCUGCUCUGAGCAACACAGGCAUCCCCAGAGUUCAUGUCGCAGCGGAAGCAUCCGGUGAGGAUCAACCAGAACUUGAAAUCAGUGACGAAGAAUUCUUACAAUUUGACACAUCUGGAGUUCCUGUUAUUGUUACAUUAACAAAGGUGGGCAGGCAUUAUAUUGUAGAUGCGACUUCGGAGGAGGAAUCAGAGACGAGCUCUGCUGUUUCUGUUUCCAUCAACAGGAAAGGGUUAAUAUGCGGUCUUACCAAGCGGGGAGGUGCAGGUUUGGAUCCAAGUGUCAUCCUCGAUAUGAUAUCUGUGGCUAAGCAUGUAAGCGAACAGCUAAUGGAUCGGUUAGAUUCCGAGAUAUCCGCCGCCGAAGCUGUUGAAGAAGAAUGAUACUCAUAUAAGUGUUUACCUUCUUUCGGUAAUUUAGUCAAUGGCUAAUCGAUCAGUUAAAUUCCGCGAUGUCAGCGCUAUGCUGCACAUUCUUCUUUUGCUAAUUUAAUCCACAAUUACCUGUAGCAUAAGGCAGUGUCAUAUGUGGCUGGGAAAUGUCUUCAAAUUGUUGUCCUCACCGGCUACUCAGAUUGAAGAAGGCAUGUAAUUCUAUCAAUUUUGGGGAGAAUGAGGUAGUAUACAAGUCAGAGGAUU